AAAAAAAAGAAAGAAAGAAAAAAAAAUUAAAAAAGGAAUAGGGCAGGCACUUUAACCAGCUCUACAAACACUCACCAGCACACACGAACACACAUGGUUGACACUGCCAGACUGCUUGACCUCUGGACUGUAUCCUUCUUGUAGGACUGAGCAUACCUUUGCAUUCAUCCCUCUCCCUCUCUCUCUUACAUGCACUUGUUCUCUUCCUAAGUUCUGCUAAACAAAGUGGGUAUGGGGCAGGCCUCAUUCAGGGGUGCCUUUAGCUGCGCCCUGCUAGCCUUGAUUUUGGGGGGAAGCAUAGAUCUGGGUGCUUUGCCAGUCGGAUUUUAUCCCCGCUUCACCCCUUUUUUCUUCUUGUGCACCCAUCGUGGAGAAGUGGAGCAAACCGGGGGAGCUGCGGGUGGGGGAGAGAUGCUGCUAACCUUACAGAUUUCCAACAACCCAACAGCCUACAUCCCGGGACAAGAGUAUCAGGUGAUGAUCUCUACUAGUUCAUUCUUUGAUGGCAUGCUAGUCACUGGUCUUUACACCUCCACCACUGUCCAAGCCUUACACAUCGUUCCUCCUGCUUCUCUUGGAUUUGGAUUGAUGUCAGAGCAACAGUUUGGGACUCAAUUUGUGUGUAGUGUGGUGGCAUCUCAUGUCAGUCGCCUGCCUACUACCAGUUUCAGCUUUGUGUGGAUUGCCCCACCACCUGGCACAGGCUGUAUAAACUUCUUGGCGACAGCUAUGCAUCGUGGACAGAUACUUUUUAAGGACACUCUGGCCAAGCAGCUGUGUGAGCUGGAAGCUCCCACUGAACCUCCCCUGCAGCCUAGUUUAGCUGAAAUACAUGGAAUCCAUGCAGUGCUCCGUGAUGAUUUUGACUCUAAUCUACAAGGAGCACUAGAUGCCAAUAUCUGGUCAAACUGUAGUAACUGUGAGGUGGGGGAGCAGUGCGGUAUGCUCAUGUAUGGUAAAGCCAUCACUUUCUGUGAACCCUUUGGGGAAAGAGAACUGAUCACAGUGGCUCUUAAUACAAGCACUGCUUCAGUACUGCAGUUUGCACUGGGCUCUGGAUCCUGCCAUUUCAGUUAUUCAGAUCCCAGCAUAACUGUCUCCUAUAGACUGAGCAAUUCAAGUGCCUGGACCACCUUGGAGAAGAUCAGAGCACCCACAAACAGCAGCACGGUGGUGCAUCUACUUACAGUGCCACCAAGCUGCAAGGAAGAGGCUGUGCACCUGAAGUGGUCCCAGGAGGCUGCACUGGGUCCUAAUGGCUAUGAAUCUUGCUGGGGAUUGGAUAACAUACUACUGGUCAACAUGGACCACAGACCCACCCUACUGGAGGAUAACCUUGACCCUCCUGAUACUGCCAACUGGAUCUUUUUUCCUGGAGCAACUAUAAAGCAUGCCUGUCAAUCAGAUGGGAGCUCCAUGUAUUUCCAUGGUGGAAAUGGAGUAGGGCAUAGCUAUGCCUCAACCAGGGACAUUGAUCUCCAUCGAGAAGAAGGGCACCACUACUGGGAGGAGGACUUUGAGAGCCCACCUAAUGGCUGGAACAUUGAGGGAGCAGUUUAUGGAACUCAUUGUGGAGAAAUUGAGUCAGGAUCUGCUCUAGUGUUUCUUGGGUUUGGAAAAAGAAGAGUGUGCACUCCAUACCUGGACACAACCUUGUAUGGAAAUUUGCGUUUCUACUUCUCUAUGGGUGCUGGUGAAUGCGAUCCAGGAGAGUCACAUGACAACGAUAUUAUCCUUUUUGGUCGGUCAGAAGGCAGAAGACAACAUGUUCUAUUAGACACACUUCCAUAUUCAGCCUAUAAGACCCCUAGUGUAGUGUCAGUUGCCUUGCCUACAGAGCUUCAGACUCCUGUCACUCAGUUCUGUCUGGAGCAGAGGUUUCAUGCAGGAGUCAAUCGUCAUGUCUGGGCACUGGAUUACCUACAGCUUCUGCCAGUGAUGCCUGCUACCUACACACAUAUGGCCCAGUUUUCUAUUAAUAUUGGAUGUGGCUCUUACCAGCCUACUAACAGCAUCAGUUUGGAGCUCUCAACCAAUCAUGGUCGAUCGUGGUCUCUUUUGCACAUGGAGUGUCUACCUGAAUUAUGUUCUGGACCACAUCUUCCUCACAGCACAGUCUACUCAUCUGAGAACUAUAGCGGGUGGACAAGGAUUUCUGUCCCUCUUCCCAAUGCUGCCCUUACAGAGAGCACUCAGUUUCGCUGGAUACAGACUGGAACUGGAAUUGGCAAUAUGUGGGCCAUUGACAAUGUAUAUAUCGGCCCAGCCUGUCUGCAUUUUUGCUCAGGGAGAGGACAAUGUUCACGCAGUGGAUGCAAGUGUGACCCGGGUUUCAGUGGGCAAUCUUGUGAGAUAGCUACUCAGACAUUUCCCGCAUUUCUGUCAGAGGGGUUUUCUAGUCCAAGGCUCUCCUCUUACCACAGCUUCUCCUCUCUGCAUGGGGCAGAGGUCAGCUUUGGUUGUGGGGUUUUAGCCAGUGGCAAGGCCUUGGUUUUCAACAAAGACAGCAGGAGACAUUUGGUUACUGCUCCAUUAGACGGCUCUCAAGCCAGGUACCUGCAAUUCACUCUGAGGCUGGGCAGCCGUAGUACCCUUAGUUCCUGUCCUGCCCCAGAUCAGCCUGGGGAGGGAUUGCUGCUCCAUUAUUCAUCUGAUAAUGGCAUUACCUGGAGCCUGCUACAGCAUUACUCCUAUGAAGGCUUUCAUGAACCCAGGAUUGUGUCAGUUGAGCUCCCAUCUGGGGCACAGAAAUUUGGUGUACAGUUCCGCUGGUGGCAGCCACAUCAUUCGGGAAGUGGACAGGAUGUUUGGGCACUGGAUGAGAUCAGUAUGACAUCUGUGCUCUUUAAUACUAUUAGUCUGGACUUCAGCAAUGUGUUGGAUGUCACCCAAAGUCUGGGUUUCUACCUGGGACGUGUACAGCCCUACUGCCAGCAAGAUUGGACACUUUGUUUCUCUGGGGAAACUACCCUUGGCUCCAGUAUUCGCUAUGUGGAGACUCAAUCCAUGCAGAUCGGCGCCUCCUAUACAUUACAGUUCUCCCUGAUAAUGGGCUGUGGUCGUGAGCCUUCCCCUCAUAUUGACACACAGGUUCUACUGGAGUUCUCUACAAAUCAUGGUUUGACCUGGCACCUAGUAAGAGAGGUAUGUCUUCCAGGAAUGCCUAGUUGUCCUGAAUUUACUGCACCUAGUAUCUACCACCCUUCUGAGUUCAUUAAUUGGAAAAGGAUUGCCAUUCCUCUACAUCAAAAAACAUGGUCUAGUGCCACACGAUUUCGCUGGAUACAAAACUUCUAUGGUGAGCAAGAUGAGUGGGCCUUGGACAAUAUCUACAUUGGACAACAGUGUCCACUAAUGUGCUAUGGACAUGGUUGGUGUGACCAUGGUCACUGCAGGUGUGAUGAUGGCUUUUCAGGUACAGAAUGCCAGCCUACCUCAACACUCUCCUCCAGUUUGCUGUCAGACUUUGAGUCACUGGAAGCUCUAAGGACCACAUGGCAGGAGGUUAUUGGUGGGAAGGUGGUGACCCCUGACCAGGGUUGCGGUGUUGUGUCAUCUGGAUCUUCUUUGUAUUUUAGCAAGGCAGGACUGAGACAGCUAGUGAGCUUGAAUCUGGACACAGAAUGGGCAGAGUUUGUGCAAUUCUACUUGCGUGUGGGUGGUGACAGGGUGGAGUGUAACCAACCUGACAGCAGGGAGGAGGGAGUGCUUCUACAGUAUAGUAACAAUGGUGGCAUUAGCUGGGGUCUAAUUGCAGAACUGUACUUCACUGACUUCACCAAGCCUCGGUUUGUCCAUUAUGAGCUACCACUGGCUGCUAAGACGCCUUGUACGCAGUUCCGCUGGUGGCAGCCCCUUCAUUCGGGUGAGGGUUAUGACCAAUGGGCUAUUGAUGAUGUCAUCAUUCUCUCUGAGACGGAGAAACACGUCAUUCCAAUGGCUAAUCCUACUCUUCCUCAGAACUUUUAUGAGAAACCAGCCUUUGAUUACCCACUGCACCAAAUGAGUGUCUGGCUGUUGCUGGGUAAUGAAGGAAUGGACAAGGAAAGAAAUGGCAGUUUUUGUGCAACCACACCUUCAGCCAUGGUAUUUGGAAGAUCAGAUGGGGAUAGAAUAGCUAUGACUCGAGACAUAGCCCUCCGACCUGGUUACACAUUGCAGUUCAAGUUGAACAUUGGCUGCAAAUCAGAGUUCAGUGCAACGGCACCCGUAAAGCUCCAGUAUUCCCAUGAUGCAGGGCGCACAUGGGCUCUGGUCCAAGAAGGCUGUUUCCCAGGCUCCAAUGGAAUAGCAAGCUGUAAAGGCAAAGGCCAUGAGUUUACAGAGCCUACUGUCUACAAUACUGGAGACUAUGAACGCUGGACAAGAGUUACAGUUGUAAUUCCACGCAAUGUGGCCGCAAGUAAGACUCGUUUUCGCUGGAUCCAAGAAAGCAGUGUUCACCAGGAUGCUCCUGCAUUUGCCCUAGACAGUGUUUACAUCUCUGAUCCUUGCCCCAAUUAUUGUGGGGGUCAUGGGGACUGCAUAUCAGGAGUAUGCUUCUGUGACAUGGGAAUGGAAGUGGAACAGGAUAGCUGUGUGCCCUCUGUGCCCAGUCCUACUGAGCUAUUUGAGGACUUUGAAGGAAAGUUAAGUCCUCUCUGGCAAGGAAUUAGGGGGGCUCAGAUAGGGGAUGGUUGUGGUACCAUCAGUGAGGGAAAGGCCCUCUACUUUGGUGGUUCUGGUCGGCGAGAGGCUCGCACAGUGCCAAUGGACACCACCAGCACUCGACUUGUUCAAUUCUACAUUCGGAUUGGUGGGAGAAACAUGGGCCCAGCCUGCACUAGGCCUCACUCUUGGAAUGAAGGGGUGAUUGUGCAGUACUCCACUAAUAAUGGGGUGCAGUGGGAAUUCUUGCGUGAGUUAGAAUUUGGCUCAUUUCUAGAACCACAAUUGGUGACCAUUGAACUACCUUCUCAAGCAAAAGCACCUUACACUGUGUUCCGCUGGUGGCAACCUGAAAAAGGAAAACACACAGCCCAGUGGGCACUUGAUGAUAUACUGAUUGGUAUGAAUGAUAGCUCCAGGACUGGCUUUCAUGAGAAGUUUGAUGGCACAUCACCCUUAAGGCACAGCUGGUUCAGGGUAGUGGGUGGAGAGGUGACAGUUGAUUGUCUGUCCUUGGACACAGCCCUGAAUUUCCGCUCUGAUUUAGAAGACAAGGGUCUCCGCUAUGCUGAAAGUUGGGACUUUGAGGUGUCAGCUUCCUCAUUUUUGCAGUUUGAUCUGAGCAUGGGCUGCAGUAAAGCAGUGACACCAACCCAUAGUGUCCACCUGGAGUUCUCCAUUGACUGUGGACACCACUGGACAUUGGUUACACCUGAGUGUGUACCACCUGCUAUUGGAUGUGGCAUAUAUACUCAGAGCUCCAUCUAUAGUACUCCUCAGUACUCCCAGUGGAGGAGGGUCACUGUCUAUCUGCCCAGUGCUGCCAAUUCUCCUAGAACAAGGUUCCGCUGGAUCCAGCCUCACUUCUCUCCUGGAGCAGAUAACUGGGCUCUUGACAAUGUACUGCUUGCAUCUGGCUGCCCCUGGAUGUGCUCAGGGCAUGGCCUAUGUGACAAUGGACGCUGCAUAUGUGACAGAGAUUAUGGUGGGGUUCACUGUGUGCCCAUGGCUCCUCUUCCAUUUGGCCUUAGGGAAAACUUUAAUGAGAAUCUGGAUCCAGAGAUUUGGCCUGAGGUGCAUGGAGCAGAACGUGGCAUGUUGAGUGGAGAGCCUCUUAAAUCAGGCACUGCUCUCAUCUUUAAAGGGGAAGGAUUGCGCAUGCUGGUUUCACAGGAUUUGGACUGUACCAGCAGUCUGUACAUCCAGUUUUCAUUUAAAUUUAUCGCAAAGGGAAUCCCAGAACGUUCUCACUCCAUCUUGCUGCAGUAUUCUAUGAAUGGAGGAAUUAUCUGGCUACUGCUGCAGGAGCUCUACUUUUCUUCCUCCACUGAUACUCUAUUUCUGCAUCUGCCACUUCCUUCAAGCGCUCAAACUAAUGCUACACGCUUCAGACUGUGGCAGCCAUACAAUAAUGGCAAAAAGGAGGAGGUGUGGGUCAUUGAUGAUCUUAUCAUUGAUGGCCACUCUUUGAACGGUUUUCCAAUUCUCUCAGAGAGUUUUGACAGUGGGCUUCAGGAGUCGAACUGGCUAUUCUAUCCAGGGGGCAACAUUGACCACUACUGUCUUUACCAGAAAUCAGGACUAGAGGAUGACUCAGCCUUGGUAUUUAUGUCUAGUGAACUGGGAGAACAUUCCAUCACCACUAGAAAUAUUGAUGUCAAUGAGAACACAGUUCUCCAGUUUGAGAUAAACGUGGGCUGUACAGCAAUGAGCUCUUCAUUAAAUUCUGUGCGCCUGGAGUUCUCCCGCAACUUUGGGGUCACAUGGCACCUUUUAGUUCCAUUGUGUACAGGCGGUCCUAUACCAAAUGCUCUUUGCUCAAAUGAACUCCAUCCGGCCAGCAUCUACUACCCUGGCACACUUCAGGGCUGGAGGAGGGAGGUGAUUCAUGUUGGUAAACUGCAUCUCUGUGGAUCUGUGCAGUUUCGUUGGUACCAAGGGUUCUAUUUGGCUGGCAUGACACCUCCAACCUGGGCCCUCGACAAUGUUUUUAUUGGACCUCCAUGUCAAAAUAUGUGUAAUGGCCAUGGAAAAUGUGUGAGGGGCACUCACUGCAAGUGUGACCAUGGUUAUUCUGGCCCAAACUGCUCUGUUGCAGAUGUGCAAAAUCCAGACUUCCUGAAAGAAGACUUUGAAGAUGAUACUUCUGAAUCCAAGAAUUUCAAACUGGUGAGUGGAGGAAAGCCCUCUAGGAAAUGUGGCAUCAUGGCUAGUGGAAACCACAUGUUCUUCAAUGAAGAUGGAUUACGCAUGUUGGAAACUAUAGACAUGGAUCUGUCUAAUGCCAGGUUUGUACAGUUUUUUUUGCGUUUGGGUUGUGGAAAAGCUUCCCCUGACCCACGUUCCCAGCCUGUGCUGCUGCAAUUCUCAGUGAAUGGAGGGAUAUCCUGGAACCUGCUACAGAAAUUCUUCUACACUAAUAGCAGUAAUCAAGCUGAGCUUGUCGCUCUAGAGAUCCCACUGCAAGCCCGCACCACUGAAACUCGCCUACGUUGGUGGCAGCCAUCUGAAAAUGGAUACGUCCACAGUCCCUGGGUCAUUGAUAAGUUGGUGGUAGGUGGCAGUGCCAGUAGCUGGGGCCCUCUAGAGGAUAACUUCUCUACCACAGAUGAACGUUUGUGGCUUCUUCAUCCUGGUGGCACACGUAUGCCUGUGUGUGGCUCUGAUGGCAAUGCCUUUGCAUUUAUUGAAAAGUCUAACACUCGCUUUGCUGUCACCACUGAUAUCAGUGUAGGACAGGAUGCCUUGAUCCAAUUUGACUUCUCUGCUUCCUGCUCUGUCACCUCCUCCUGCUAUUCGGUGGAAUUAGAGUACUCUCUUGAUCUUGGACUUACUUGGAAACCUCUCUUAAGAGACUGUUUACCCACAAAUCCAGAUUGUUCCUCCUAUACACUUCAAAGAAUAUUAGUGUCAGACACCUACAACAAAUGGGGCAGAGUUACUUUACCCAUCCCAGCUUAUGCAAGGUCUCAAGCUACACGUUUCCGAUGGCUUCAGCAAACUCCAUUUGACAAGCAGCAAACCUGGGCUUUGGACAAUGUCUACAUUGGAGAUGGCUGUCCUGAAAUGUGCUCUGGUCAUGGCCUCUGCAAGCAGAAUUCUUGUGUGUGUGACCCAGAAUGGGGAGGUGGGUUCUGUGACGAAGCCAUAUUGCCCCUCUUGUCCCAGGUAAAGGACAGCUUUAGUCGUGCACCCUCCCCCAGUUACUGGCGUCUAUUAACUGGUGGAAAACUGAGUACAGUGUGUGGGUCUGUAGCUUCAGGUAGAGCACUGCACUUUAGUGGGCUCUGCACUCGUCAGCUGGUAACUGUGGAUUUGAACUUGACCAACGCUGAAUUUGUACAGUUCUACUUCAUGUAUGGCUGCAUGGCACCCCCUACCAGCCGGAACCAAAGUGUUUUAUUGGAGUUCAGUCUGACGGGAGGCAUCAGCUGGAGUUUACUGACAGAGAUAAACUAUGAUCAAUACAGCAAGCCAGGGUUUGUGAAUGUACUGUUGCCCCCUACUGCCCAGGCAGUAGGAGUGCAGCUCCGCUGGUGGCAGCCACAGCAUGAUGGAGCAGACCGUGCAGACUGGGCACUAGACAAUGUGCUAAUUUCUGGCUCAGAUACACAUAUUCAGAUCUCAGACACAUUUGUCACAGCUGCAUUACCCAGUCAUGAGAGAUCUCCAGCUGAUGGAACACUGUUUGGCCACAUUAGGACAGUAAGCCAAGAUGAAAUGAGCAGCAACAGAAGAGUAAGUGACUACUGGCUCUUCUCAGAAGAUUGCUCUGUACAACAAUUCUGCCUUUCCUCAGAUGAGGUAAUGGUAUGUGGCAAAGAGGAUGGCCAAGAGGUAUCUGCUGUUACACAUGACAUCAUCCCAGGUAAAGGCUGGGUCAUGCAGUUUAAGAUAGCGGUUGGGUGCAAUGUGCCAGAGAGACAUGCUGAACGGCAUAUCCAUGUCCAGUAUUCAGUAGACUUUGGUGUCUCUUGGAAGUAUCUGGUGCCACUAUGCCUUCCAUCUGACACUCACUGUGGAGGACAAGUGUCCCAGCCUUCUGUCUUCUUUCCUGCAAAAGGCUGGAAGAGAGCUGUUUAUCCCUUGCCUGACAGCCUUACAGACAUAGCUGUUCGGUUCCGGUUCUACCAACAACAUUCAGACACACAGUGGGCAGUAGGUAACAUUUACAUUGGACCUGCAUGUGAGAACCACUGCGGAGGUCAUGGUGACUGUCUAGAUCGACAUUGCCUCUGUGAUCCAGGAUUUUCUGGACAGAACUGCUAUACUACCUCAGUUUUGAAGGGAACCCUAAAGGAGCGUUUUGAAUGGGAGGGGUCCCAUGGUUUACAAUGGCAAAUUUUGGAGGGAGGUCACCCAUGCACAGACUGCAGAGCAUUGGUUGAGGGAAAAGCCCUGUAUUUUAGUGGUGCUAAUACUAGGCAGGCUGUUACCAUUGACCUUGAUCUACGUGGAGCCAAGUUUGUGGAGUACUGGAUCAUAAUUGGGAGUGAAGAAAAUAUGACUAUAUGCCAUUAUCCUUCUUGUAGAAAAGAGGUUGUACUAUUGGAUUAUUCCUCUGAUGGAGGUAUAUCAUGGACGCUUCUUCAUGAGAUGGAUUAUUUGAAGUAUUUGUCAGUAAGGAGAGAUUAUAUUAUGUUGCCGGAGGGAGCUUUGACCAAUGCUACACGCCUGCGUUGGUGGCAGCCAUUCACCAUGUUUUCAGGUUUGGUAACUCCCAAUCCAGACCGUGCUCAGUGGGCUCUAGAUAACAUUCUGAUUGGAGGCUCUGAAAUCAACCCCAGCAUGCUCCUGGAUACCUUUGAUGAAGAGGGUAUAUCUCAUGAAGAAAGCUGGAGUUUCUAUCCAAAUGGUGUGCGCACAGCUGGGUUUUGUGGCAAUCCUUCUUUCCACCUCUACUGGCCCAACAAAAACCAGGACGGAACUUAUAACGUCUUGUCAACACGAGAACUAAUUGUCCAACCAGGAUACAUUUUGCAGUUCAAGAUCGUGGUAGGUUGUGAAGCAGACAGCUGUGAAGCUCAUCAUCCAGUGCUUCUACAAUACAGAAAAGAUGCCAGGUCAGACCUUUGGCACUUGGUACAGUCUGCAUGCCUCCCCUCUUCAGUGAAUAAUGUGGGUUGUUCCCCUUUCCAGUUUCAUGAGUCCAGCAUUUACAGCCCAGUUAACAGCUUAGUUUGGACCAGAGUUACUUUACAGCUACCUGACCAUGUCUCUUCUGGUGCAACACAAUUCCGCUGGAUUCAGAAAGAGGAUGCUGGUGAGAGACAUGGCUGGGGAGUCGAUAAUGUCUACAUUGGGGAAGCAUGUCCAGGUCUUUGCAGUGGACAUGGAUACUGCACCACUGGAGCAGUCUGCCUUUGCGACGAUGGGCACUAUGGUGAUGAUUGUGCCCUGUGGAUCAGUGAUCUUCCUAAUUCUAUCAAGGACAACUUUGAGUCUGGGUCUGUGUCUGAGGACAGCUGGAGUCUCAUUCAGGGUGGAGGGGUUAGCAGUGGCUGUGGCCAGCUUUCCCCACAUGCUCAUGGGGACUCCCUAUAUUUUAAUGGCUGCAAAAUGAGACAUGGCAUCUCCAAACCUCUGGACCUGUCUAGAGCCAGCAAGAUCAUGUUUGUGCUGCAGAUUGGGAGCAUAUCACAGACAGACAGCUGUAACACGGCAUUAAACCAGGCUGACACUGCUGACCGGGCUGUGCUGCUUCAAUAUAGUGUCAACAGUGGAAUCAGCUGGCAUAUCAUUGCUCAGCACCAGAAUAAAGACUUCAUAAAAGCCCAGAGAGUCUCCUAUAAUAUUCCCCUUGAAGCCCGUGUGAAAGGAGUGCAACUGCGAUGGUGGCAACCACAUCAUGGUGGUACAGGGAAAGAUCAGUGGGCUCUGGACAAUGUGGAAGUUGUUCUCUCUCGUAAACAAAACUUCAUGAUGAACUCUGCCAGACAGACUGGUCUACGCCACUACUAUAGCAGGAAGAGGAGGUCAUUGCUACACUUCACGUACUAGAUGUCAUACAUUAAAUACUGAAACUUACAUUCUCUGAAUAAACUAGCCCAAGUUGUGACAAAGUCACCACAGAAAAAUAGAAAGAAAAAAAAAGUAGCUAAUAACGUUUCAUGAGCAUGCAGGCUUUAUAAUUAAUUGUAGCACUAUGAUAAAGAUUUCACGCACAACUGCCAUUUGUCAAAAAUAAUGCACAUGUUAAUCUUACCUGUAGCAUAUAGAAGUUAAUGCUUUUCCCAUUUUGCUUGACUUGUAGACUGGUUGGAGUACUUACAUAUAGAUACAAGUGCUGAUCUGCGGGGUCUUGCCACAUUGCAUAAAACAAUAAAACGACCUUAGAACAAGAUCAAGAUUUGUUACUAUAUUUCAAUAUUGAUUGGAUGAAGGUGGCCAUGUUUUUGAGCUUAUUUACUGAUGAUUAAAUAUACACAAUAACUAAACAAUGCCACACACCAAAUUUCAAAUUAAUUGCACUAGUACUGUAUGGGUAUUUAAGGUAUUGUACUGAAAAUACAACUUUGAAUGAUUUGAAAAAAGAACCUACCAAACAAAGGAAUUUCAUGCUGCAUGAUUAAAUUUCAAAUACUGGUUUACCUACUGGUGUGCUCUAGGCCUUAAUUCAUGACUUGUACAACUCCUAGGAUUUCUGACCAAUCUUAAUAGAGAGAAAAUUAAGCAUUUCCUUGAAAACUAAAUUGUAUAAAGAAAUGCCAUUAUUUUGGACCAUUUACCAUGUCCAUUCAAAUUUAUUAUUUGCAUAAUAUUAAAAAAGAUUGCAUUUAGGUAGGAAUGGAUUGCAAAAUUUGAGUAAGAAUGCUUCAGAUCAUACUGGGUCCCUACACAAACAUGCAAUUCAACUAGAAGUUUCAUGACAAAGAAAACUAAAUUGUCAAUUGCCUACUAAAAACUGAUGGCACAUAUUAGGUCAAAUAAUUAAGUAAUUAAAAAUCCACUCCUUAAUCUACAUCAGCACAUAGAAGUAGACUACAAAAUUUCAGCUUGAUCAGACAUGUGGGAUGUAAGAAAAUGUUUUCUGACCUUUGCUGUAUGUUUGGGAAUCUAUGCAAGAAAUAAUGAGUUACAGCUGUUCACCUGUUGCACAUUUUCAUAUUCUGUGACAAUAGAUCAUAUUUAACCUGUCAAAUACCUGCUGAAAGCUGUUUGGCCAACAGCUUAAGUAUACAGGUAAACAUCAAACACACACUUGUAGAGAUGCAGUAUACCAAUUGGCAAUUUCACCUAUGUACUCUGAAUAGAAUGGUCUAAACAGAGUGGUGUGAAAAAGCUCACUUUAAGAAAGAAAGAAAAAAAGAAAGAAAGAAAAUUAAUUAUUGUAAAUAAAUCUCUUAACAGUCCCGCACCACUGUCUACCUACCGAAAUAAUUUCUACAGCUUAAAUAAAAAAUAAUAUAGUUUCAAAAGUCUGCUUCGAGAUGUUCAGGAGAUUUAAGCUACUUUUUUUUGUUUCUACCAAGAAGAUUCUCUUUUCCAAGUCUAUAUAAACUAUAGUGCUUAUUGCAUUCAUUUCACUACCAAAGUAGUGGCACAUGACUUUUUUUGUCACAAACACCUCAAUUCUAUAUGCACAAAAAGGGAUUCAUUAUAGCCAUAUAUAUAUCUACACCAAUGCCAUCACAGCCGAUAAACUGAAGCAGAUAAACUCAUGAGACAAGUCAACUGUGAUAUUGUUUUUUUUUGUUUUGUUUUUUAAUGAAUGGGUCGUCAAAAAUGCAGGAUAAAUUAAACCUGCUUCAUGAGACAAGCCUCCUUGAGUACUUAGUCUUACAUCCUUUAAGGAUGCACCAAAUUGUAAAAUCUACUCAGAGGAAUCAAAGAAGUAGAGGAUAUGACAACUUGUAGAUCAUUUCAAUAAAGAAUACAAUAAUAAGCAAUGGAAACAAAUAAAAUCAUUGAAUGACACUCAAUAAAAUAAUUCCAUGCCUUAAAAUGACCACAUAAAUUGAUGUUAAUAAAGUUGAGUAUAAUCUUGUCUAUGCUAAAACAAACAUUUUAGCAUGUGAUGUAUGUGUGUAAUAAUGUUUUUAUUGAGGUUAAUUCAUUGUGUAGUCAUAAUCUCUGUUUUGUAUAUGCAGAUUUGUUAUACAGUUAAUUAGGCUAGGCACAUAUUUCAUUAAGAAGAACAUCUAAUUUAGAAAAAAGGUUUGUGUAUGAUCCCCCCUGCCCUUGUUUCCUUUACUCUAUUCUUUCCUUAAUUCCUCAGUGGGAGGAUCUAAGAAGCAAGAAAAAGAAACAUGGUGGUGCAAUUAAAGAAAUAAGCACACAAAGAUGUCAGACAUCAGUAAUGGGGUGCCAGAUUUGUUUUGUCAAAUUUGUUAAUUUGAAAUUAAAUUCAGCCCCUUAAAGUAAUUAUCACACAGAGAUGUUCUACCUGAUUAGUGGUUAUAAUGGAAUCAAGGAUGUAGUGGACUACAAGUGAGCCUAUACAGAGGACUAAAUCUCUAGUCAUUUCUAAGGUGAAGUGACUAAUGAUGCAUAACAGGGAUUAUGAUCUUGCCGUUUUGUGUUUAUGAAUUCUACUUGUGAUUAUUUGAUGUGUGGUGCUCUGUUAAUUUGUUUUGUACCAUUAUGAUGAUGUUUUUAUUGUGUGAUGUGUAUAUAUGAAUGCAAAGAAACAAAAUAAGACAACAAAACUCAGAUAUUUAUUGUAAAUGCUCCUCUGUGUAACCUAUUUAAAAUGCACACUGUAAGCAAAGUAAAUGUAUAUGUAUGGUAUUUUAUCAUUUUAAGAGAAAACUAUCCCACCCACCAUAACUCCUUGCAAUAGCCUCCCACCCUGUUCCUACUGAGAAUCAUAUUUGAACAGAAGUGAGAAUUAAGCAGCAUUCACAAGGAACACUCUUCAUAAAAUAAUAAACCACUACCAUUAAUUUCUAUGAGAUAAAUGCAUUGAGAGGCUGCUCCCACCAACUCCACUGUGUAAAAAUUACUCUCUGCAGAGGGACAACCAAAAAUCCAAUUAACUCUAAAUUAAGGGUUCCAAAGACAUACUAUUCAAGCAGUAUAUCUGAACAUGUUUUUUUGUGUGAUGAUAAAAAGUCCUUGUGAAUGCAGUCUUACAUGGUCAAUAUUUGUGUGGGUGGGAUUGUGUGGUAGGUAGGUAGGUAGGUAGGUAGGUAGGUAGGUAGGUAGGUAGGUAGAUAGAUAGAUAGAUAGAUAGAUAGAUAGAUAGAUAGAUAGAUAGAUAGAUGGAUGAUAUUCCUCUAUAA